AUGGGCAUGAAGUCGGCGCUGGUCACCUGGCUCUACCGCGAGCCGUGGAUCACCACGUCGCUCGUCCUGUCCGGAGCAGCCAUUACGGCGUAUGCCGUCGGCAUGCCGAUCAAGAAGUCGUACUUCGCGAAAGAGCCCGAGUUCCCCCCAUACAAGGCUCCCACGUCGCUGCACGCGAUGAAGGUGGUCGAGAGGCAACACUAG